GAAAAAUAAAGAAAGUUUACCCUUUUUUUCUCACGUCAAAAAUUGAUCUCAGUAAUAGCUAUUUCCGAUCUUCUUGAAUACCAAUUUGUGGUUGAAAGUGGAAAUUUUUUUUUUUUUUUGCCCAACUUCAAUCUGUACUAUGUUACAUGGAAUAACUAGAUUAAAUAAAAAAAAGUGUGAGCUAAAAGCAGUGAAAAGAUGUGACAGUGGCAUUAAUUGCUAUUAUAACGUUUACACUUUUGUUUAUGCAUAUAAAAAGGAAGGAAAUACAAGAAAACGAAACCUCUUCAAACAAUCACUGAUCACUGAGCAUAAUUAUUGUUAUGAGUUCUGAAAAUGAGUGCGGCAAAUUAGGGCUCAUUUGGAGAAAAACAAAGCCAUAUCUAUUAAUGAUUGGCUUGCAAUUUGGUAUGGCAGGAAAUUACAUCUUCGGCAAAGACGUGCUUAAUCAUGGGAUGAGUCGUUUUGUGUUCAUUUUCUAUCGCAAUGCCAUGGCUACACUUGUGCUUGCUCCCUUUGCAUUAAUCAUUGAAAGGAAACGUAGGCCCAAAAUGACACUCCCAGUUUUUCUGCAAAUAAUGAUCUUGGGACUUCUUGAGCCAGUUCUCAACCAGAGCUUCGCAUAUUUGGGAAUGAAGUACACUUCUGCUUCAUUCACAUCUGCUAUUACCAAUGCAGCACCCUCCAUCACCUUUGUACUUGCAGUUCUUACAGGGUUGGAGCGUGUAAAAAUAAGAGAUGUAAGGAGUCAAGCAAAAGUGAUUGGAACGUUAGUAACAUUUGGAGGAGCAGUGGCAAUGGCACUUUACAAAGGUCCUGGAUUCAACAUUUUUCAUUCUGCAGCAGCAACAACGCAGAACAAUGGAGAUGCAGGACUCGCUUCACACAAACACCAAACUGUUGGAGCUCUUUACAUUCUCAUCGGUUGUGUGGCGUUGUCUUCUUUCUACAUAUUGCAGAGCAUAACGGUAGCAAAGUACAGAGCAGAGUUAUCAUUGGCCACAUGGAUAUGCAUGGCAGGAACACUGCAAACUACAAUAGUCGCACUUGUAGCAGAGCGUCACUCUGGUUCUAAGCCUUGGGCCAUUGGUUGGGACAUGAGGCUCUUUGCUCCUCUUUACACGGGAGUGGUUAGUUCAGGAAUUGCAUACUACAUACAAGGAUUGGUUAUGAAAAUGAGAGGUCCAGUGUUCACAACAGCUUUCAAUCCUCUUUGCAUGGUGAUUGUUGCUGCUUUGGGUUCCUUCUUCUUACGAGAACGAGUCUAUCUUGGAAGUAUUAUUGGAAGCAUCAUCAUCACAUUAGGACUUUACUCAGUUGUGUGGGGCAAAGCUAAGGAUCACAAACACGAAGAAGCUGAUGAGGACACAAAUAAGUCAUUGCCAAUAACAACUACGGCUGCUGCAAAUGAUGAUUCUUCAACGACUAACAAACCAUCAAGUUAGCACAAAUUAGACGCGUCAUAAUCGUCUAUUGUUCUUGAUUCCAUGCCGAUCAGCUACAAUGUGAUACGUACUCUAGAGUAGAAGUAGUUAGUAGUUGAUCUCGAACCAGCUUUUGCGAUCUGAGCUUGCAGCUCUGUGAAUUGAUGAACAUCCAUGGAUCCAUGCUGUGAAUCAAGAAUUCGCUUCAAUCGAAGGAAGAAAGUGAAGAGCAGAGAGAAUGUGAAAGGUUGAGAUUGAUAAAAUGUAGCAAAUUACAGUUAGUUAGUUACCAAAAUGUUAUAUAGAAGAAUUUCACCUGUGCACUGGCACACUGGUGUAUAUUAAAUCCGUUAAAAUGUUAAUUUAAAAAUAUGGAUGGAUGAGAUUUUUUAUGUAACAUGUAUUUAUAACGAAGAGCAUCAUGAGGUGUGUACCAAAUUUUGCGUUCCACGAGAUAUGAUUGUAUGAAGAAUUGAAGAUUACAUCCUGCUAUCCCUUGGCACAAUUCCCUUGGUGGCUUGGUCGCUGGUUCCUUGGAUGGCUUACCUUUAGUUU